UCAGGAAGGCGAAACCCAGAAGCGGCCGCAGCAGACGAAGAAGGGAACCGGCGCGAGGGCGGAAGGAACUCGGUUUCUCCCAGGUCUCUCGGGCCGGGGGCCGCGGGCGGAGCAUGUGGGACCCGCGAGCGUUCGAGCGGCUGUGGCGGGCCGAGUUCCCCGGGACGGAGGCGCCGGCGCUGCGGCUGGAGACGGCGCGGGACGUGGAGCGGGAGCUGGAGCGCUGCAGCCUCAACCUGGCGCGGCUGCAACAGGUGCUGGCCCAGGAGCGCUUCAAGGCCUCGCACCUGCGCGCGCUGCUGGCCGGGGAGGGGCGCGAGGCGGCUGGAGACCCCCGGGAACCCGAGGCCGCAGCUCCCCGCUCGGGGAGGAGCUGGGUCGCCGCCGUCCACCAGCAGCUGCUGCAGCCGCCGCUGCGGUUCCGCGCCCGGGAGGACGAGGCGGGCGCCGGCUGCGACUCUGAGACGCUGGAUCCGAACGAGGAGUUUGCGCUUGGCCCCUGGAUGGCGGCCCCUUGCCGGUUCCGGAUGCGCGGGGACGAGGGGGAGGAGAGGCCGGGGCGCGAGAGCAGCCCCCACCGCGGGACGCCCCCGACCCCCGGGGCGCUGAGACCCCUGCGCGGGAGCCCGGACUUGGAGCAGCUGGAGGCCGAGGAGGAGGAGCCCCCCAGACGCGGGGCCCGCGACCACCUGCCCCCGUGGAGACGCCGCAGGUUCCUGCGGGCGCCGGAGCGGGACUCGCCCGCCCACAGCUCCCCGGAGAGGGACAGCGACGGCAGCCGCCACAGCUCCGACCGCGAGGACGGCUUCUCUGCAGACUUCAGCUACGCGGCCGAUGACUACGACGCCGAGGGGCAUGAGGAGCAGAAGGGGCCCCCCGAGGGCUCAGAGGCCAUGCCGUACAUCGACGAGUCGCCCACCAUGUCCCCGCAGCUCAGCGCCCGCAGCCAGGCCGGCGGUGACCGCGUUUCCCCGACUCCGCCCGAGGGGCUGGCUCCUGGGGUGGAAGCAGGGAAGGGCCUGGAGAUGAGGAAGCUGGUUCUCUCGGGGUUCCUGGCCAGCGAAGAGAUCUACAUUAACCAGCUGGAAGCCCUGUUGCUGCCCAUGAAACCCCUGAAGGCCACAGCCACCACCUCCCAGCCCGUGCUCACCAUCCAGCAGAUCGAGACCAUCUUCUACAAGAUCCAGGACAUCUACGAGAUCCACAAGGAGUUCUACGACAGCCUGUGCCCCAAGGUGCAGCAGUGGGACAGCCAGGUCACCAUGGGCCACCUCUUCCAGAAGCUGGCCAGCCAGCUUGGUGUGUACAAAGCGUUUGUGGAUAACUACAAAGUCGCUCUGGAGACAGCUGAGAAGUGCAGCCAGUCCAACAACCAGUUCCAGAAGAUCUCAGAGGAGCUCAAGGUGAAAGGUCCCAAGGACUCGAAGGACAGCCACACCUCGGUCACCAUGGAAGCUCUGCUCUACAAGCCCAUUGACCGUGUCACCCGGAGCACCCUCGUCCUACAUGAUCUACUGAAGCACACGCCCGUGGACCACCCCGACUACCCGCUGCUGCAGGAUGCCCUUCGCAUCUCCCAGAACUUCCUGUCCAGCAUCAAUGAGGACAUCGACCCCCGCCGGACUGCAGUCACCACCCCCAAGGGGGAGACACGGCAGCUGGUGAAGGAUGGCUUCCUGGUGGAAGUGUCGGAGAGCUCCCGGAAGCUGCGGCAUGUGUUCCUCUUCACGGAUGUCCUACUGUGUGCCAAGCUGAAGAAGACCUCUGCGGGGAAGCACCAGCAGUAUGACUGUAAGUGGUACAUCCCCCUGGCCGACCUGGUGUUUCCGUCCCCCGAGGAGUCUGAGGCCAGCCCCCAGGUGCAGCCCUUCCCAGACCAUGAGCUGGAGGACAUGAAGAUGAAGAUCUCUACCCUCAAGAGUGAAAUUCAGAAGGAGAAAGCCAACAAAGGCCAGAGCCGGGCCAUCGAGCGCCUAAAGAAGAAGAUGUUUGAGAACGAAUUCCUGCUGCUGCUCAACUCCCCCACAAUCCCCUUCAGGAUCCACAAUCGCAAUGGAAAGAGUUACCUGUUCCUGCUGUCUUCGGACUACGAGAGGUCGGAGUGGAGAGAAGCGAUUCAGAAACUGCAGAAGAAGGAUCUUCAGGCCUUUGUCCUGAGCUCAGUGGAGCUCCAGGUGCUCACGGGAUCCUGUUUCAAGCUUAGGACUGUACACAACAUUCCUGUCACCAGCAAUAAAGACGACGACGAGUCUCCGGGACUCUACGGCUUCCUUCACGUCAUCGUCCACUCCGCCAAGGGAUUCAAGCAAUCAGCCAACCUAUACUGUACCCUGGAGGUGGAUUCCUUCGGCUAUUUUGUCAGCAAAGCCAAAACCAGGGUGUUCCGGGACACAGCAGAGCCCAAGUGGGAUGAGGAGUUUGAGAUCGAGCUGGAGGGGUCUCAGUCCCUGAGGAUCCUGUGCUAUGAGAAGUGCUAUGACAAGAGCAAGGUCAACAAGGACAACAACGAGAUCGUGGACAAGAUCAUGGGCAAGGGGCAGAUCCAGCUGGACCCACAAACAGUGGAGACCAAGAACUGGCACACGGACGUGAUUGAGAUGAACGGGCAGAUCAAAGUGGAAUUCUCCAUGAAAUUCACCAGCCGGGAUAUGAGCCUGAAGAGGACCCCGUCUAAGAAGCAGACGGGCGUCUUUGGUGUGAAGAUCAGUGUAGUGACUAAGCGGGAGCGCUCCAAGGUCCCCUACAUCGUCCGGCAGUGUGUGGAGGAGGUGGAGAAGAGAGGCAUCGAGGAGGUUGGCAUUUACCGGAUAUCGGGUGUGGCCACGGACAUCCAGGCGCUGAAGGCCGUCUUUGACGCCAAUAACAAGGAUAUCCUGCUCAUGCUCAGUGACAUGGACAUCAACGCCAUCGCCGGCACGCUCAAGCUCUACUUCCGGGAACUGCCCGAGCCCCUCCUCACGGACCGACUGUACCCAGCCUUCAUGGAGGGCAUCGCCCUGUCUGACCCUGCUGCCAAGGAAAACUGCAUGAUGCACCUGCUGCGCUCCCUGCCCGACCCCAACCUCAUCACCUUCCUCUUCCUGCUGGAACACUUGAAAAGGGUUGCCGACAAGGAGCCCGUCAACAAAAUGUCGCUUCACAACCUGGCUACUGUGUUUGGACCCACGUUACUGAGGCCCUCGGAAGUGGAGAGUAAAGCACACCUCACUUCGGCGGCAGACAUCUGGUCCCAUGAUGUCAUGGCACAGGUCCAGGUCCUCCUGUACUACCUGCAGCACCCCCCCAUCUCCUUCGCAGAACUUAAGCGGAACACACUGUACUUCUCCACCGACGUGUAGCCCGAGGCAGGGCGGCCGUGGGGGCGGCAGAGCCAGCCCCUCCAGCCCGGGCCCAACUCAGACUUGAAGGACUGCAAUAGAAAACUCCCACACCCAGCACUCCAGGCUCCAGGGAAGCCAGCUUCCAAGAACUGGGACUCAUGCGUCUUUCGUGCCACCUUGUACAAAGCCGGCCCGGCCCCGCCUCGGCAGCGUGCCUGCCUCGCGCCCUCCAGCCUCUAGCGUGCCCGGCUCCCUCCGCGCUGUUGGGAGUUCUCUGCACACCUGUCGUGCGGGGAGGGCAGUGGCGCCUGCGUGGGCACACAGACAGCCGCCUUGUCCUUCCGUGUCCUUCAGCACUUUCUUUCCUCCCGAGUCCAGCCGAGGGCUCUCGUUUCGCGCUGCGCGGCUGCUGCCAGCUUCUCUCUCGGCCCUGCUCCCGGAUGGCCCUCUCCCGGCCGCCUCCCUGUCUGCCUCCACCCUCUCCUCCUUCCCAGCCCGCAUGCAUGUGCACCCUGGGUUCCGCGCCAUUGCCCUGACGGCUCUGAGGCGGCCCUGGCUGGUGGGCAGCGGUGGCCCGCCUGAUGCUGCCCUGGGCCGCCACCGGCCUCUCCUCAACUUCCGCCUUCAGGAGCACACCUGCUUUGCCUUGCUGCCUGUGCAAAUGUUGGACAAGGAGACACACACUCAUCCCCAGCUCAGCAGAGCUGGAGUGCGCAUUUCUGGAAUUUUCCAUUUGGGAAUCUCCACUUCUGGGGUUUAACUCUUCUGCCUCCUGGCUGCCGGUGAGGCGUCUUGGGCUGUCUUCUGCUUCUCAGUUCCCUUCCCAGGUGUUCUAUUUCCUUGGAGUGUCAAGACUCACAAGGGACCUGCUAUUGAGAUAGCCAGAGGGUCAGGAGAGAACGGGGCGGAGGCAGAGUCAGGCUGCUGAGGAACCACAGCGCUGGGAGUCCCGAGUCCGGGUGCGCAGCUCUUAGCAGCGAGUUAUGGGGGCUUUUCAAGUGGAGCCAGGCUUCCUGGAGGGUGACUGAUGUGGCUGAAGCAGGUGUCCAGGCAGGCAGGCUGCAGCCAGGCACUUCCUGGCACCGCAGGACCUCGUGGCACUCUUGCCUUAGAUUUUACACACUCUCCACAGCUGAGCACUGCCACGGGCGCUCCAGGGCUUGGGAAGGGAAGGCACAGGCCCGCAGUGGCCUCGGGACGCAGCCUUCUGGGUCCACGCUGGGAACUCCAGAAGCUGGGGGUAGAGUGAGGAAUCGGCCGCCCGCCUCUCGGGCAGGGUUUGCUGGGGCCUCCUGUUGGCGCUGUGCGGUGGAGUAGGGACCCACAGGUUCCAUUGCCAACUUGGGAGACGCACUGCUCAGUACUAGGAAGCAGCAAGAUGUGUUCCCACAGGUGCCGUGCUGCCAGCCUCGGGCCGUUGGCCUGGAGAGCAGACACAGCUGCAGGUGCCUGAGCCGUCGCUGUAGGUAGAGCUCUUCUCCGGCAGUCGCUUCUGAGCCUCAGGAUUGGGGAGUGGUUCCCACUGCUGUGCUGAGGGCUGUUGUCAGGAAGGGUUUGCUGGCUCAGCGCUGUGGUGCUGGCUCAGUGGGGCAGGGCCCUUUCUGAUCCCGUUCAAUCCUCUGGCCUUGAGCAGAACAGUAAAUAUGCCAUCGGAGGAGAGGAGGAAACACCAGCCAGCUGCCAGUGAGCAGCUUAGCCAGGAGCCCGUGCUCCCUGGACAGGCGGUGAAGAAGGAGUGCCACCUGAGGCUAAGACACCAGUGCCUGGCCGUUCCCGAGUGUCGUGUGUGGCGAGUCUAAAGGAAGACCAAGUGUCUGGCUGUUCCUCAGUGUUGGUGUGGGGCAAGUCUAAAGACCCAGCGCCUGGACGUCCCUGAGGUCCCUGCGUGGCAUCCAGGUGUCUGUGUGUGGCGAGUCUAAAGACUGGCCGUUCCUGAGUGUCACGUGUGGCGAGUCUAAAGAAAGACCGAGUGUCUGGCUGUUCCUCAGUGUUGGUGUGGGACGAAUCUAAAGACCCAGCGCCUGGACAUCCCUGAGGUCCCUGCGUGGCAUCCAGGUGUCUGUGUGUGUGGCGAGUCUAAAGACCCAGCGCCUGGCCGUUCCCGAGUGUCAGUGUGUGGCAUCUGAGCGUCACGUGCGGCGAGUGUAAAGAAAGACUGGCCGUUCCCGAGUGUCAGUGUGUGGCAUCUGAGCGUCACGUGCGGCGAGUGUAAAGAAAGACUGGCCGUUCCCGAGUGUCAGUGUGUGGCAUCUGAGCGUCACGUGUGGCAAGUGUAAAGAAAGACUGGCCGUUCCUGAGUGUCAUGUGUGGCGAGUCUAAAGACCCAGCACCUGGCCGUUCCCGAGUGUCAGCAUGGGGCACAGAAAGCUCCCCGUUGCUUCCACAGCAAUUGACAGGAAGGGGCAGAGUGAGUCCCUGCCCAGCCCGGGCACCUCACCUCCCUAACAAGGCCUGUUCAGGUCUCGGCACUGGGGAGCCUCUCAGCCCCAGGCUUGCUGAGGCAGUGUGAGAAUGGGCAGUGAGAAGGCUGGACGGGCUGAGAAACAUGAAAGGCUCCUAUUUCUAAUCCCACCCGGUGCCAGACCUGGCCUGAACUGCACCACGGAAGUCCCCAGCGGGUUCUCCUGUGACCCGGGGCCUCUGCAGCCCAGAACCUCGGCCACUGUGCCCCACAGGGCGGGCCGUGCCAGCCAGAGUCAGGCCGCAGGAAUCCCAGGCCGGCCUGUCCUUGAGGGGCAGCGGCCGAUGGCUGCCAGUUCCUGCCGAUACCCAGGAGGGAUGGGACCCUUCGUUAAUGUCUGGCUUUAAUAAGUUGGCAAGGAUAUAUUUUUUUGUCUAUGUUCUGUUUCAACUUAUGUAGAUUAUAAAUUGAUGUAAACCAUGUGAAAGGAAAAUGUUAAUAAAAAAAUGCAAAGCCCCAACAUUUGCACAAAACUCA